AUGAGCUGGAGUGAAACCAGGGAGAAAAUCGUGAGUGAGCUUCACCAUUCUGCACCUCCAUCUCCACCAGCUGCAACCAGUUCUCAGCCGCAACCACUGCAACCGCAACCAACCCUCGAAGCCGUGCGUGAGGGCCGAGAGGAAGAAAGAAAUUCCAGACUUCUUGGGUGUAGGCUUAGCUUGUAUCUGAGUAAAAAGAAAGAUAGAGAAAGCUUAGCCAAGAUAAUUUCAUUUCAUUGCUGGAUUUCAAUAAGAGAAUGGCUUGAGAGUCAAAACGAGGGCUCAGUUCUGUACGUUGCAUUAGGAAGUGAGGUGUCACUGAGUCAAAAAGAUGUCACCGAGUUAGCACUCGGGUUGGAGUUACCCGAGGUACCCUUUUUCUGGGUCCUGAGGAAGCUAUCUGAGUCAUUUCAGGUGCCAGAUGGGUUUGAGGAGAGAGUCAAAGGAAGAGGGAAUGUGUGGAAGGGUUGGGCACCACAGUUGAACAUACCGAAUCAUGAAUCGGUGGGUGGGUUCUUGACUCACUGUGGCUGGAGUUCAUGUAUAGAGGAACUCAUGUUUGGUCACCCACUGAUUAUGCCCUCUUUUUUGGUGGACCAAGGGUUAAAUGCCAGGGUUAUGGAAGAUAGGAAUGUUGGAAUUGAAAUACCAAGAAAUGAUCCAGACAGGUCUUACACGAGAGACUUAGUGGCUCAGUGUGUCAGACUGAUUAUGGUUGAAAAUGAAGGCAAAAUGUUUGGGGAAAAAGCUAAAGAAAUGAGUGGAAUAUUCAGAGAUAGAGAAUUGAAUGAUGGUUACGUUGGAAACUUCAUAGAUUAUCUGGAGAACAAUAGACACAAUUGUUAG